GAUAUGAGUUUUCUGCUCCAUUUGUGACGUCGCAAAAGCGGUUGAAAUAAACUACAUCUCCCAUAAAAAAGCCCAAGGAGGAAUCCUCCAUUCCGACAGAUCCCUCGGUAGAUUACAGCCUCUUCUCCUCUCCGUGUUAUUGAAGGGGAGCGGAGCGGAGAGGAGCUGAUCGAUCCGCGGUCAUGGAGGAAUAAAAGAGCACGCUCCUCAUCCAUCACCCGCUCCCGAGCAGGAAUAUAUCACGGUCAUGCAGCGCACGCACGGGAGGAUCUGAGCGCGACUGCCGUUAAAGAUGAUGUCCGCGGAGGAGCAGCAGCGCGAGUGGACGGGGGCGUCGCGGGCGUCGGAGGAGGUGCGGCGGCUGUCCCGGGAGCUGGCCGAGACCACGCAGGAGAAGAUCCAGGCGGCGGAGUACGGGCUCGCGGUGCUGGAGGAGAAGCAGCAGCUCAAGCUGCGGUACGACGAGCUGGACGCGGAGUGCGAGAGCGUGCGUCAGGAGCUCGAGCUGCUGAGAGAGGCGUUCGGACAGGCUCACUCCAACCACCGGAAGGUGGCGGCGGACGGCGAGAGCCGCGAGGAGUCGCUCAUCCAGGAGUCGGCGUGUAAAGAGGCGUAUUACGAGCAGCGCGUGCAAGAGCUCCAGGCAGAGCUGAGACAAGCUCGAAACAUCCUGACCAACACCCAGUCGGAGAACGAGCGCCUCGCCAGCAUCACGCAGGAGCUGAGAGAGAGCAGUCAGAUGGUGGAGCUGCAGAGGUCUCGCCUGCGGGACGAUCUCAAGGAGUUCCAGAUCCGAGAGGCUCGUCUCCUGCAGGACUACAGCGAGCUGGAGGAGGAGAACAUCACGCUCCAGAAGCACGUGUCUGUCUUAAAGCAGGGCCAGGUUGAGUUUGAGGGUCUGAAGCAUGAAAUGCGUCGUCUGGAGGAAGAUACCCAGUUCCUGAACAGCCAGCUGGAGGAUGCGGUGCGUCUGAAGGAGAUCGCGGAGCGGCAGCUUGGAGAGGCGCUGGAGACCAUCAAGACUGAGCGCGAGCAGAAGGCCGCCUUGAGGAAGGAGUUGUCCCAGUACAUGAGCAUCGGGGACUCGCUGUACCACAGUCCUCUGAGCAUCUCCCUCGACGGCCUGAAGUUCAGCGACGACACCUCGAUCGAGCCGAACAACGACCAACCGCUCCACGUCUACGAGAACGGCUUCCACAAGAUCAACAACGACGACAACCGCGUCUCCACGCCUAAAAACGGAGAGUCGUUCCACCCGUCCUCCAGCCUCGUGGACAACCUCCUGAACGAGCUCAACAUCUCCGAGAUCCAGAAGCUGAAGCAACAACUGCUGCAGGUUGAGCGUGAGAAGGUGACGCUGCUGUCUACACUGCAGGAGUCUCAGAAGCAUCUGGAACAGGCCCGUGGAGCGCUCUCUGAGCAACACGAGAAGGUCAGCCGGCUCUCGGAGAACAUCAGUGCCAUGCGCAAGCUCCAGGCCAGCAAAGAGCGCCAGUCCGCCCUGGACAACGAGAAGGAGCGCGACAGCCACGAGGACAGCGAGUACUACGAGGUGGACAUCAACGGCCCCGAGAUCCUGGAGUGCAAGUACAAGGUCGCAGUGUCCGAGGCAAGUCAACUGAAGGAGGAGCUGAAAGCGUUAAAGGCGGAGCAUUCCAACUGUCAAUCACAGUACGAGGAGGAGCAGGCGCAGCUGGAGAGCCGGGUCUCGUCUCUGAGCGCGCAGGUGUCGUCUCUAGAGCGCUCGAGCCGGCUCGACCGCGAGCAUCUGGAGCGCGUGGAGAAGGAGCUUCGGCAGGCCAGUGAAGUGGCGGGCGAAUCCCAGGGCAGCCUGAACAUCGCACAGGACGAGCUCGCCACCUUCAGCGAGGAGCUGGCCAACCUGUACCAUCACGUCUGCAUGUGCAACAACGAGACGCCCAACCGCAUCAUGCUCGACUUCUACCGCGAAGGUAAAGCCGGGGUAAAUGGCGCUCAGACUACAGGUUGGUGCAGUCCUGAUGGUCGUGGACGCCGAUCUCCAAUCCUGCUGACCCGCGGACUCUUUCCCAGCGCCGAAUCCAGCGAUGGAGCGUCGUCUCCAGUGGCUGAUCCCCGUAAGGAGCCCAUGAACAUCUAUAACCUGGUGGCCAUCAUCCGGGACCAGAUCCGACACCUGCAGCUCGCCGUGGACCGCACCACUGAGCUCUCCCGCCAGCGCAUGGCUUCUCUGGAACUGGGUCUCGGGGCCGACCGCGAGCAGGAGGCCAGCGUGGAGGAGAUCCUCAAACUCAAAUCUCUCCUCAGCACUAAGAGAGAGCAGAUUGCCACACUGAGAACCGUCCUAAAGGCCAACAAACAGACCGCUGAGGUUGCGCUGGCCAACCUGAAGAGCAAAUAUGAGAAUGAAAAGGCCAUGGUGACCGAAACCAUGAUGAAGCUUCGCAACGAGCUCAAAGCCCUUAAAGAGGAUGCGGCCACUUUCUCCUCGCUCAGGGCCAUGUUUGCCACUCGCUGUGACGAGUACGUGACUCAGUUGGAUGAGAUGCAGAGACAGCUAGCGGCGGCGGAGGACGAGAAGAAGACGCUGAACUCUCUCCUGCGUAUGGCUAUCCAGCAGAAGCUAGCGCUAACACAGCGGCUGGAGGACCUGGAGGUCGACCACGAGCAUAUCCGCCGCGGACGCGCUAAACCCGGCUACUCGCGCGCUAAAUCCACCCCGUCUGACGUAAGUCUCCCCGCCGGGGCCCGCGCCGAUGUGGGAGCGCCACUCGUGUUCUCCAGCGAGAAGUACAAGAUCUACUGCGACUGAGGCCGCGGCUCAUGUAUAAAGCUCAACCCGCGCGCUCUUGCUUGCUCUGCGCUAACCCAUACGAUGUGUCCGUGUGUUUAGCGCUGCUAGCGUCCUCGUAGCCAGGUGCAUGUUGUAGAGCUAGCUUAGGGGCAGAAUAGUCUAAGUGUGUUUCAAACCGAAUUGCACAGCGCGUUUCUAGAUUAGACGUGCUAGGGAGAGCUAGCCAUGUUGAAUUGUGAUAUUAACGUCACAAGUCAAUAGCUAGUAUUUGCCCUUUUUCUUCUGUCCAUCUCUCUCCUGCCUCUGAAAUCAGCAGCCCGUCCAAUCAGGUAACUCGUGUUUACAUGCCUAACAAAUGAUAUGCAAACCUCCUGUCUUGUUGACAUGCAGGAAAACCCAUUGAAUUGUGCCAUUUUUUUGCGAGAAUUUAAACUAGCAUCAACACGACGGGUUGGAGAGUGAGCGUGUUUAGCGAUGUCACUCGUGAGGCAGGCGGGAACGACAAGCAUACGUAUAAAUAAAUCAGCCAAUGGGUUUCUGGCUUGCUUUUUCGUAGAUGUCAGUGGCUGCAGAUCCAUUUCUGAAAGCUUUAACAUGUCGUAGACUUGGUUACGUUUACUUGACACGCGGCUUUACGCGGUGAAGUCGUGGAGAAGGGCUUGUCACAUGCUCGUAGUGAUGUCAUAAUGCAAGGCUGUUUGUGUUUAACAUUGCAGAUGAACAUUAGCGAGGCCUUAUCUGUCGUUUCUGACGCGACUCUUUUAUUGGCAAA